AUGUCUACUUUGAACAUAAUCAAGAGGCAGAUGAAGGAGCUCGAGAUUGCUAACAGCGAUCUUUUCAGUGCAGGACCGGUAGAAGAAAAUUUGUUCCAUUGGAAAGCGAUGCUAAUAGGGUCAAAGGAUUCCCCUUACGAGAACGGCGUUUUCGAACUCACCAUGCACAUCCCUCCUGACUACCCCUUUAAGCCGCCGAAGGUCUCGUUCAACACCAAAAUCUUCCACCCAAAUGUGGGUGAACAUGACAACGUAUUUCUACAGAUGUUGAAAAAUGAGAACUUCUCGCCGAUCUACACCAUCAACCGAAUGCUCGCGGAAAUUCACGCAAAGUUGACUGCACCAGAGAUUGGCGAUGAUGACCACUAUGAACAACAGAUUGCCAAACUCUAUUGGGAAGACAAAGCGGCGUUUGAUUCGGUUGCUCGUUUAUGGACGGUUGAGCACGCUAGGGGGGCCUGA